GAGUAAAGGGGGAGUCCGCGAGGAGCUAAGCAGAUUACCACUAAUAACCGCUAUUUAUAGAUUAGAGCCAGCAUUUCGUUUAUGGAUUAACCCCGAGACCCACGCUGUUGGAACUUUGGAACUUAUAAAAGCAAGACAAUGGAGUUCAUGAAUAUAUUUUUAAGUGUGCUGCUAGUGUUUCUGAGUAAUUAUGGAUAUGUAACAAAAGCCGUGUCUAUGAAACUACUAUUUCCAUUUGGAGAACAACGUGGUGAUACGUUUCUGGACCCCGGGGACGACAUCAGUUCGGAUGAAGUACCUCUUACUGUGCCGAUAGUAUUCUACGACAAAACCUACUAUAGUGUAUACGUGAACAAUAAUGGACAUUUAUCUUUUGAAUCGGAGCUGCCGGUAUAUCAAGCAAAUUUUGUACUUCCAAGUCGGUUUAAGUUGAUUGCAGCAUUUUUGGCCGACAUAGACACAACACACGCCGGAUCCGUAUAUUACAGAGAAUCCACAGAGACAGCUUUACUAGAGAAGGCAGCUCAGGAUAUCCAGGCUCAGUUUGAAGGUUUUGAAACAUACAUCCCCCGAGCCCUUUUUGUAGCUACAUGGGACAAUGUGGGUUUCUUUAGGACCAAUGACACAGCGUUAAAUACUUUUCAAAUUGUGAUAGCAUCUGAUGGGGAAAGUUCCUUUGCCUUCUUUAACUACCUGGAUGACGGACUUAACUGGAUCCGGAGCUCAGGGAAGCUGUCACAGAAUGAUCCUCCUGCCCAGGCUGCAUUUGAUUCUGGGGAGGGGCGCAUUCAUACCAAACUACCUUUCUCAGGCACAGAGGAAGUGGCCAGACUAGCUAAGAAAUCCAAUGUGGGCAUAGCAGGAGUGUGGAUGUUCAAGAUUGGCAAUACAUUAGGAGGAGAUAUCAGCGGACCAGGAGACGAUGAUGGAGAUGUGACAAUCUUUGACCCAGACACGUCGUCCGAUACCUGUCAGGUUGAGGGGACACAUCCUCAAUGUCACAGCAGUGCCCGCUGCCUUAACUUCCCUUAUGGCAUAUGUUGUGCUUGUAUCCCACCCAGCUAUGGCAAUGGACGCAACUGCCUCAAAUUUGAAGCUCCUCAGCGACUGAAUGGUAAGGUGUUUGGUACACUGAAUGGUAUUUCCAUUGACAAUCUGGACAUGCACGCCUAUGUGGUGACAUCUGAUGGCCGCGCCUACACUGCCAUCAGUCAAGUUUCUCCAGAACUGGGCGCCCUCAUGCUCACACUUAACACCAUAGGGGGAAUCAUUGGCUGGAUGUUUGCCCUCCCCAAUGGUCCCUUGGCCCGCAACGGUUUUAUGCUGACAGGUGGGGAGUUUAACAGGACAGCAGUCGUCACAUACCAGAGUGGGGAGGUGGUCAAUCUACACCAGAAGUUCUUUGGUCAAGAUACCCUUGAUCAGACUGGCCUUGAGACACACAUCAGUGGAGUUGUCCCAGAAGUGUUAAAUGGUGGCAAGGUUACAGUUGGUGACUACAAAGAGGAGUUUGUACAUGCUGGAAAGGGUCUGAUCACGUCCUUCUCCACACGAACAUAUCUCGUGGACGGUGUUGCCUACCAGUACAAGUGGAACCAGACCAUCAUGUUUAACGAGUGUAGUUUUGAUCCCGAGCCACGACUUGAUACCAUGAGGCUCAGUAGCAAGCGGAACCGAGUCGUCUAUGACAAUCUCAAUGAAAUUUUGCGAUACGCCAUGACAAGCCAGAUAGCUGCACUCACUGGGUCUGAUCCAUGCCGUAAUGCUGCCGAGGUCUGUGGAGAGAACUCUGAGUGUACCCCUGAUGGAGCCUCAUUCACCUGUUCCUGUCUCACAGGAUUUCAGGAUGAUGGAGGAUCUUGUCGAGAUAUUGACGAGUGCAGUGUCUACGCAGACCUCUGCGAUGUGAAUGCCCGCUGUUACAAUGUACCAGGGAGUUUCCAGUGUCAGUGUGAAUCUGGUUACCGUGGCGAUGGACGGUCCUGUACACGUGAGGUCCAGCGAUGUGGGGACGAUGUUUGCCAUGAGAAUGGACGUUGUGUAUACAACAGUGACUUAGGCAAGCCUAUGUGUGAAUGUCGUCAGGGAUUCCGUGGGGACGGAGUCAACUACUGCUCUGCUGAGUUUAACUGUAAUGAGGUUGACGUGUGUCAUCAGGAUGCAGAAUGUGUGUACGACGACCAGGAGGAAAAGUACACGUGUGAAUGUAAAGUAGGAUACAGUGGCGACGGCACCGUGUGUGAGCGGUAUGAUGUAGACUCUGAUUGCAGCCUGUGCAGUACAGAUGCCCAGUGUUUGUUUGACCCAAGACGAAUGGUGCAUUAUUGCCAGUGUAACAGUGGAUAUUCUGGGGAUGGCCAGACGUGUACACCAAUCACUGUACCAGACCAGUGUACUGACUGCCAUCCUAAUGCCCGAUGUGUGUUUGAUGAGUUUGCCCGUCAGUAUACCUGCCAGUGUUCCCAGGGUUACACAGGGGAUGGCUUCCUCUGUACCCAAUCAGAUUGCCGCACCAUACAGAAUUGCCACAUGUACGCAGACUGUUUCAAUGACACGAUCUUUGGAGGAUUCAGAUGUUUGUGUAGAAAUGGCUACACAGGUGACGGUACUGUCUGUCAGCCUGACGAUUGUAGUGUGACGGGGAAUUGUAAUAACAAUGCCCAGUGUGUUCCUGAUCCACGAGUUGAUAGCCGUUACAUGUGUCGCUGUAACCCUGGAUAUGAGGGCGAUGGCAUGACAUGCAGACAGAGAGUGACUCCAUGUAACCAAGUAUCUAACUGUGGUCAGAAUGCUGAGUGUGUGUACAAUCCUGAUGAGAUGUCGUAUCGGUGUCGCUGCUCCUCCGGUUACGAAGGCAAUGGUUUCACCUGUAGACCACGAGGUUACAACUGCCGCAGUGACCCCCGCAUCUGUGACCCGAAUGCUGCAUGUGUCCUCAAUGUCGACACCUUCAUCUGUGUGUGUAAUGAAAAUUUCCGUGGAGAUGGGCGUCGCUGUAUAGCAAUGGAUGAUGACAACAACUUCUUGCUAUUUUCCCGAGGAUAUUCAAUCCACCGGAUACCCUACAUGCCUAAGGAGGACGACCAAGGGAAAAGGAUCCUGUAUGUCCCAGGUCAGCUUGCCAUAGGGAUCGACUCAGACUGUGAGGACAGGACCAUGUACUGGACUGAUGUCAGCAAUGGACAGAUACAUCGUGCUAACCUGGACGGAACAGAUUCUACUCCUGUUAUAACAGACCUGAGCUCACCAGAAGGUGUUGCUGUUGACUGGUUGUCCAGGAACCUGUACUGGACAGAUUCUGGACUGGAUGUGAUCUCCGCCUCCAGACUAGAUGGCACCUACAAAAAGGCUGUCAUCCAGGGUAACCUUGUCAACCCCAGGAGCAUUGUCCUCGACCCAUCUAAAGGUAUGAUGUACUGGGCAGACUGGGACCGGGCUGGAGCUAAGAUAGAGAUGGCAUACAUGGACGGGGAGGACAGGAAGGUUUUGGUGGACUCAGACCUGGGACUACCUAAUGGUCUCACUAUCGACUUCCACACACAACAGGUCUGCUGGGGAGAUGCAGGAGUAAGGAAAAUAGAAUGUAUACGAUCAGACGGGAUAGGAAGGAAAACCAUUGUAGAUAAUGCUGCUUAUCCAUUUGACCUAGCAAUGGUCAGCAACAACAUUUACUGGUCAGACUGGACAGUUCCAGGAGUGCUGAGGGUUAGUCACACCGGGGGACAGGUGGCUGACCCACUAGAUUUGCCUGUUGGAGGAAAUGGAAAGCUGUACGGUAUAGCAGCUGUCCGAGCUUCCUGUCCACGAGCUAUUAAUGCCUGUGCUCGGGACAAUGGUGGCUGCCAGUACCUAUGUCUGCCUACACCCAACGGAGGCCGUACUUGUGGUUGUCCUGAUGAUGUUGACCCCGCAGACUGUAACCUGGUGGCUUGAGGAGUUAUACCUGUGUAGAAGG